AAACAAAAACGCAUUAACCUCAUCCUUAUUUGCUCAAUUAUAAAAUAUAUAUCUAUUUCAUAUAGAAUUUCUGAUAUAAAUUUACGUACUGUCAAUUUUAAAUUAGAUUAUUGACAAUCGUUCGUUUCCAGGCAUUGAACAGUCAAAAACGCUUUAGUCAGUGAGCAAAAUGUCUCGUCAUACCAUAUUUCGAAAAUUAAUUCCUCUUACAUGGACCACAAUAGCAAAAAGAAAAAUUGUUUCAGCACCGUGCGUUUGCAUAAGUUGCGAAAAAGUUAAACAGCCAUUCAGGUAUACGAACUACACCAAUUCUAUAAGAAUGGCUUCUCAAGAAUAUUCACAAGAUCCUCCAUCAGUUGGAUAUGAAGAUGUAAAAAAAAUUGAUGGGGCAAAUCAAUUCUUGAUUGAUGUACGAGAACGUGAUGAAAUUCGUGAAACCGGAUCUAUUCCUAAUUCAGUAAACAUUCCAUUAAGUGAAAUACAAUUGGCGUUAACACAGUUAUCACCGGAGAGUUUUUUGAAGAAAUAUGGUCGUGAUAAACCAUCACCGUUAGCGUAUAUUGUGUUCUCCUGUCGAUCUGGUAAACGAGCAAAUAUGGCUGCGCAGUUAGCUGCUAAAUUAGGAUUUAAAGACGUGGCUUAUUACGGUGGAAGUUGGUUAGAUUGGGAUGCACAAACGAAUAAAAAGGAAGAAAAGGAGGGUGCAAGCUCAGCUGCCCAAUAGGGCAUAUAUAUCUCUUAAUUUGUUCAAUAUUACGAGUUUUGUUAUUAAUAAAAAGCGUAUACAGUUAA